AUGAAGAUUUUUGUGCUUGUGCCCGUUUUCCUCAUUUCUCUUGCAGUAGGCGUCCUUGCUGAUGGUCCAGAUGGAAGUUCCUCUGUCAAGUCACCGAGAGAAGAGUUGACUGAUUUACAAGGGAAGCUCAAGAGUGACUCUCUACACGCAAUGGAGAACCAUACCAAGAGAAAUGAAAUCAAGGAAAAGCUCCAAAGAAUGAUAAAGAUGAUUGAGUACGUUUCCAAGGAUACCGGAAGAUCUUUUGGUGAUGCGAUGAAACAAGUGACUGAUAUGGAACAGGAGAUUUCAAAACAUGUCAAAAAGAUCCUCAUCAAAAUGAGACCAGUCUAUCACGACUCCAAUACGCUUAUACUAGAAAUUGACAGAGUAUUGGCUGGUACAGAUGAGGAUGCUGUGACUGCAAAGAUACAAGAGGCAAAGGAGCUAUUGGAGAGGAAUAAGCCGGUACUCGAGGAGCUUGAGAAAGACUAUAGGGGUAAAUAUGCCCAGUUUGAGGCACUUGAAACGGCCCUAAGGAAUAAAGGUCUAGUUAUUUUGGGGAAGGAACCUGACCCCUAUGGUAUAUUUGAUGAUACUGUUGGUGAAUCGGGGUAUUCUGGCUCUGACAUUAGAGACAUGUUUUUAGGAAAGACCCCAAUUCCGGCACUUACCAAGAAACUGGUUCUUGAAUUUUCUCUGACACUAAGGGCUUCUGUAUUCAGAAACUAUACACGUGUGCUUAUGAUAAAAAAUCAAGCUAAUGAAUAUAUUUCAAAGGGAAAUGAAUUAAGCGAUCGAUUUACCAAGUUAGUGCCAGAUAUUGGGAAAUUUCAAACUCCUACAAAGAUAAAGGAAAUGGAGGAUUUGCUCUAUAAAAUUAAAGACGAUAUUUCUCUAAUUAUGAGAAUAUUUUUUGAUUUUACAAAAUUAAUAGGUAUUCUGGGGAAACUAGAUGAGUAUUAUAUUAUAAUUCAGGAGUUUGAAUCAUCUCUUUCUGAAUAUGAUGACAAUGCCGUAAUUUCGGAAGAUAUACGAAUUAAAGCUGUGGAGUCAUGCAAGGAUCUGGUUAAAUAUCUGGAAGAUAUUAAAGAAUCGUAUCCAACAUGGUAUGGCAAUCUUGAUAAACUUAAAUCUGCGAUAAAAUCAACUGAGGAUAACUUGAAUGCUGCAAAUUCACUAUGUGAUGAUAGCUCGACAUCUGGAGCCAUGUGCUAUGGGUCAAAGGGAAUUGUCAUCAUUAUAGGUCUUUUGCUAACAUACUCUUUGUUGUAG